GCAGGAGGAGGAGGAGGAGGAGGAGGAGGAGGAGGAACGCAGGCGAGAAGGCAGUAACUUUAAAGCCAGCCCAGAACCAAGAGCUACAGCCUAGUGGUUUGCAGCAGCGGCGGCAGCGGCGGCAGCAGCGGUAGCGUCGUGUCUCCUAGAGUGUGUGUGUGUGAGAGAGAGAGAGAGAGAGAGAGGGAGAGAGAGAGAGUGUCUGUGUGUGCGUGUGUGUGUGCGUGUGAGUGUAUGUGAGUGUGUGUGUGUGAGAGAGAGCUCAAGCGAGUGUGUGCGCGCGCUUGUGUGUGUGAGUGUGUGUGAGUGUGUGUGUGUGUGUGUGUGUGUGUGUGUGUGUGUGUGUGCGCGCGCGUGCAAUCGGACUAGCAGCGCGUAGCUCUCCUCCAGCUGCUGGAAAUGUCCGAACACAAGGCAAUUGAUCCGAAGUUAUCGACGACGGACAGGGUGGUUAAAGCUGUCCCUUUUCCUCCAAGUCACCGGCUCACAGCAAAGGAAGUGUUUGAUAAUGAUGGGAAACCUCGGGUGGAUAUCUUAAAGGCACAUCUCAUGAAGGAGGGACGGCUGGAAGAAAGUGUUGCUUUGAGAAUAAUAACAGAGGGUGCUUCAAUUCUUCGACAGGAAAAAAAUUUGCUGGACAUCGAUGCUCCAGUCACAGUUUGUGGGGAUAUCCAUGGACAGUUCUUUGACUUGAUGAAGCUCUUUGAAGUGGGAGGCUCUCCGGCCAACACACGAUACCUCUUCUUGGGGGACUACGUGGACAGAGGGUACUUCAGUAUUGAAUGUGUGCUGUAUUUAUGGGCCUUGAAAAUCCUUUACCCCAAAACACUGUUUUUACUUCGUGGAAACCAUGAAUGUAGACAUUUAACAGAGUAUUUCACAUUUAAACAAGAAUGUAAAAUAAAGUAUUCAGAAAGAGUAUAUGAUGCCUGCAUGGACGCCUUUGACUGCCUUCCCUUGGCUGCCCUGAUGAACCAACAGUUCCUGUGUGUACAUGGUGGCUUGUCGCCAGAGAUCAACACCUUAGAUGAUAUCAGAAAAUUAGACCGAUUCAAAGAACCACCGGCAUAUGGACCUAUGUGUGACAUCCUGUGGUCAGACCCCCUGGAAGACUUUGGAAAUGAAAAGACUCAGGAACAUUUCACUCACAACACAGUCAGGGGCUGUUCAUACUUCUACAGUUACCCUGCUGUCUGUGAAUUCUUACAGCACAACAACUUGUUAUCUAUACUCCGAGCCCAUGAAGCCCAAGAUGCGGGGUAUCGCAUGUAUAGGAAAAGCCAAACAACAGGCUUCCCUUCUCUAAUUACAAUCUUUUCAGCACCAAACUAUCUAGAUGUGUAUAAUAACAAAGCUGCAGUAUUGAAGUAUGAGAACAAUGUUAUGAAUAUCAGACAAUUCAAUUGCUCUCCUCAUCCUUACUGGCUUCCAAAUUUCAUGGAUGUCUUUACCUGGUCCUUGCCAUUUGUUGGAGAAAAAGUGACAGAGAUGCUGGUAAAUGUGCUGAACAUCUGCUCAGAUGAUGAACUAGGGUCUGAAGAAGAUGGAUUUGAUGGAGCCACAGCAGCAGCCCGGAGAGGAGGUAUCAGGAACAAGAUCCGAGCAAUAGGCAAGAUGGCAAGAGUAUUCUCAGUUCUGAGAGAGGAGAGUGAAAGUGUGCUGACUCUGAAAGGCUUGACUCCCACGGGAAUGCUUCCCAGCGGGGUGCUCUCUGGAGGAAAACAAACCCUGCAGAGCGCUACUGUUGAGGCUAUUGAGGCUGAUGAAGCUAUCAAAGGAUUUUCACCACAGCAUAAGAUCACUAGCUUCGAAGAGGCCAAGGGCCUAGACCGAAUUAAUGAGAGGAUGCCUCCUCGCAGAGAUGCAAUGCCCUCUGAUGCCAACCUUAACUCCAUCAACAAGGCUAUCUCUUCAGAGACUAAUGGCACUGACAGCAAUGGCAGUAAUAGCAGCAAUAUUCAGUGACCACUUCCCGUUCACUUUUCUUUCUUUUAUUUUUCCUUCCUCCCUUCCUUUCUUUCUUUCUUUUUUUUUUUGAGCUGCAGGGCAUGAUGGGGAAUACUGCGCAUCAGCAGUUGGGUAGUCUUGCCUCUGAUUGUAGCUUACUUGCUCUGGGGGCCAGGUGUUGGAUUCAGUUUACAAUAUCAGCUAGGAAAAGAGAUAGUAAACUACAUUUUGGUUGAUAUGGGGUGGGAGCCAGAAACACCGCCUUGGGAUAGGCCUUUAAAAAAAUGUUUAUUAAAAAAGCAAAAAGGAAAAGAAUGCUAAGGCUGGUGUGUAUUGCAAAAUGAAGGGAAUGAACACAGUUUCCUAUUGCACUGGGAACUCCUAGAUAGGUUAUGGAAAGGCCUCUUAUUAUGUUACUGGAUAUGAAAACUUUGUCUAAUUUCUUACUCUAUUGUACGUUUACAGUUGCAGCACUAAAAAUGGAUGACAUCAAACAUUUUUAACAAAAUGAUGUACAAACUAAAUAAGGACUAUUUAUUGAUAAUGUUUUGCU